CUUCUGGCACUUUCUGGGAGCUGCGGGCGAUCGGCUCACAGACCUUCUGGCCGGAAACCCGCGCGCUCCCGCUACCAGGGCCCUCGUCGUCAGCGCCGCCAUGGCCAAGUGGGGCCAGGGGGACCCGCGCUGGAUCGUGGAGGAGCGGGAGGACGGGACCAACGUGAACAACUGGCACUGGACAGAGCGGGAUGCCACUGUUUGGUCAAAGGGGAAGCUCCGAGAGCUCCUGGUUGGCAUUGCAAUGGAGAAUGAGGCUGGCCGAUGUGAGAUCAGUGAGUUGAAACAGGUGGAAGGUGAGGCUUCAUGUAACAGCCGCAAAGGGAAGCUUAUUUUCUUCUAUGAGUGGAACAUCAAGCUGGCCUGGAAAGGUACAGUUAAAGAAUCUGGUGCAAAACACAAGGGACUGAUUGAAAUACCCAGCCUUUCUGAAGAAAAUGAAAUCAGUGACACCGAGGUGAACGUGAGUAAAAAGAAAGGCGAUGGGGAGAUACUGAAAGAUCUCAUGAAAACGACAGGCACCGCCAAGGUCAGAGAGGCCCUGGGAGAAUACCUCAAGGCACUCAAGACGGAAUUUACAACAGGAAUGAUUUUACCAACAAAAGCUGUAGCAACCCAGGAACUGACUCUUCAGAGGAAACUGACUGAAAAUACGUUGCAGGCUUCUCCAGUGGCACUGGGUGUGAAGAUUCCCACAGUAGCUUUGCACUUGACAGAGCUGUUUGACACGACAGUAGAACAGCUGUACAGUAUCUUCACUGUAAAAGAAUUGGUGCAAAAAUUCUCCAAAUCUCCUGCUGUAUUAGAAGCUGAAAAGGGAGGCAAAUUCCAGAUGUUUGACGGGAACAUCACUGGAGAAUAUGUGGAACUGGUAACAAAUAGGAAAAUCAUCAUGAAAUGGAGAUGUAGGAACUGGCCAGAAGAACACUAUGCAACAGUUGAACUGAAUUUUGUGCCUGCUCCAGGGCAAACGGAAUUACAAUUGGACUGCAAGGGAGUUCCUGUCUGUAAAGAGGAAAAUAUGAAAUUCUGUUGGCAGAAGCAGCACUUCGAAGAAAUAAAAGGUUUACUUGAGCUUACCGCCCAGAAUGCUUGAGUUAGGUUUUGAUAAGGACAUCCUUUUUAAAAUAGAAACCUGUCCUGUUUACUUACCUCUUUUUCCUUCCUUAAAAAGUACCUUUCCCUCAAGGCCCUUAAUUUAUUUUGUAUUGGAUGAAAUUCAUGAAACAACACAAUCUAAAAGCAUUGUUUGAAAUAUUCUAGCUGCUGCAUUGAGUGAAAUCAGGUGUCGUAUCUCACCUUCAGUGGGUGUUCCUCUGAGAUAAGUAGGUUAGGCUGAGCUCCCCAAGCUAAGCUGGUCAGAGGAUGCUACUGGAUUCCUACAGUUGACUUAAGCUUAAGACAAAUAAAUGGCAUGCUACACUAUCCCUUUAUUCUAAGUGCUGCUGCUGUGAGGGCUAGGUGGCUGCACCCCGUCCGGCACACUUCUCUGGCUCUCCUUGCUGUCUUCCCAAUAGUCAGACACCUGGGGGUUAAAGGGAUGAGACAUCGCAUGGCAAGUGUUAACUGUUUUGGACACAAGAGGACUUCUCACAUAGCAGAAUGGCCACUUGCUUCCCUUUCAGUCUCCUUACUGCUGUCAUUUGAAGAAACUGAAACAACUUAUGUAACAAAGGAAAAGUUAUCACAGUCAGUUUAUAAGUACACAGAACAGCAGUCAUGUCAAUAAAAAUAAAACAAUUAUUUUUACAUCAAGUGUGCUUUAUUUCCUCCACAGGUAUUCUGUUAAAUAAAGCACCAUUUAUAUACUGCCAGGCCACAGCUAAAGAGGAUUCUUUACAGAAUCAAAUUUCUUGUGGUUGUUCCGUAUACAAGUAAACUUAAUUUUGAUAAUAAGAACCACAGCGAUCAGAGGCAAUCUGCCUCUCUUAUUUUAAGGUACAAAACUGGCACAGAGGACACCAUAUUAUACACAGUAAAAAUGCUGUAAGUUUAAAUUACAUCGUACAGGGUCAGAGCCCUGCUUCUCCCAGAAAGCCAUAUUAAAUGAAAGCCACUACAGUGAACUCUUAAUUACAUAAAACAUAGCCAUUAUCUGAUUGCCCUUUAGAAAGUAUACACAAGAUGCACAUUUUUUUUUUUUUCAAUCUGGAAUUCUGCCUGACCAAGAAUUGAAGCCUAUAAAUCUAUCUUGCCAUUCAAGCAGAGAGCACUGGACAAACUGAAGCACAAAACAAAGGAGCAAACUUGACAAACGGCAUAGGGGAGGGCACGUGAGAGUAGACAUGCCACGUCUAAUGUCAAGAAGCAGCUUGGUUUCCUUUGCCAGAUAUCCUUGUGACCACAUGGAUUGUUGAUUCAAUGGUCCUACACAGGGUAUCUAAAAUGUCGUGUUGCUGCAUAUGACUAAUGAGGCCUCUGGAAUGGCCACAACUGAGGGACACAGCAGCUUCAGGGUCCUGGGAGGACAAAGCUUGACCAUCACAGCUUCUCAGAUCAGCUAAGUCAGACAGAACUGCGGAGAUGGACGUUGAAGGGAAUUCGGAUUCAUCUUCAGCUAGUGUAGUAUCCUUGGAACAGUGGUCUUUAAACUCUUUACAGUCGUCAAAUCUGCCAUUGUUAGACUGUUCCUCUGCAUGCUGUGGCCGGAUAUGUGACCCAUCUUCUGAAAAUGAAGAUGGGCCCUCCAUUCGAUACUCUUUGACAGAGCCAUUUUCAGGGGAUGGAAGAUCUUGCUCUGUCCCCGGAUCAAUAAUCGAUGAGUCUCUUGUCUCAUUGUCUGAGGUGCUAGUGGGGGUCAGGACCUCCCUGGUCUCUGUUUUUAUGUCACCAAUGCAGCUGUCUACAGUGUGCUCCUCA